CAAUGAUUCAAAAUGAUGGGUCGUGACCCUCAUUGUAUAAAGAUAUGUUAGGCAAUACUUUACAUAAGCAUAGAAUACUGUCUUUCACUUAGUAUCUCACCAACAGCCGGUCAACAUGAUGAAAUACAUUAUAGCUGCGGUUGUCUUAUCAUGCUUCGUAUCAUGCGAGGUUUCUGCUCAAGGUUUCAACUUCGUGAACUGCACCGGUAAAGAAAAUGGGAUUUACAUGCAAGUGUCAUGCACUCAAUAUGUAGAAUGCCGGGAUGAGGUGGAAACAAUAGUCAAUUGUCCAAAAGGCCAAGUGUUUGAUUUCGGCGACUUGCGAUGCGAAGUUAAAGCAAAUGUAGACCCACCCUGUGGUGAUAAGAUGAACUGCACAGGUUUGGUUAAUGACAGGUACCCAUACUACGACCGUAACUGCACGUCGUAUUACACAUGUAGGAACGAAAGGAUGAUUGGGAGAGCGCAAGAAUGCAUACCAGAUGCUGUUUUCGACUAUGACCGACAGGUUUGUACAUAUCCUAGCGAUGUCUGUCCGCCUUGUGGAACAGGGGAGGGAUUUGUUGUGAACCCAUGUACAACAGACUCACCCCAAUAUAAAGUCAAGGCCAAAAUCGACAAAAUGGCCGUCCCGAAGGACGUACCACUCUUCAGUCUGGAUGAAAUAAAAGACUUUAAAUAAAUGAUAUACACAACAAACAUACAUGAAAAUGAUAACAUUUGUGAAAUGUGUAUCACUAAAAUUGAUAAUGUUUGUAACUAGAAUCGAGCCCACUGCCUCUCAAUUUAUUUGUUCAAGAACAAUACUGGCGCACAUUACUGAGAUACAAUUAUUUUGUCGAUUAUUGAGCAGAUUCUAGUUGCUAUUAUAUGAUUGGUUUGUUUAAAUGAUAGACAACGUGAACACGUAGAAAAAUGGUCAACGGGGAUUAGCUCUCGUCUUCAUAGUAUUUACCUGCUCUUAAAACGUGUAGCUUAACCUAAUUGGUACCUCAAUAAUGACACUGAAUAUCCCGUAGCGCGUUUUACUUCAUUGAGAUUAAAUGAUCAAAAUUAUAUAGAACAAAAAUUGC